GCAGUGAAUGCAAGAGAGACAUGAUCAAAUUGUAUCCACACCAUCACCAAUUCACCAUCUCCAAUUAGGAAUUGAAAUCGCAGGAACACUCUCACUUUUCUCUCCGAUCAGGAUCUGGCACCAGUCCACUGAUAUGGGUUUUCCGGCAACCACGCUUAUCUUCGCCGCGAUUGGAAUCGUCGCGUCUCUCUGUACCGUAAUUUGCUUCAACAGAGGAUCUUCGUCUAAUCUAUUUCACCUAACUUUGGUUCUUACUGCAACAAUAUGCUGCUGGAUGAUGUGGGCAAUUGUAUAUCUAGCACAGAUGAAACCGCUCAUAGUUCCUAUCUUGAGUGAAGCGGAAUAACUUUAUCUAUAAACAGGUGUAACUCCUCAAGUUAAACAGUAUACAAGUCGCAGGUUGGUUGCUGGAGAGAAUUUGAUUUUAGCUCUCAUGAAUCGUUCAGUAUUUUCUGUGGGUGAAUCUUGUAUGUAUUUCUUGUUUGAUAAGCGUUUCAAUUGGACUUUCCAUUGCUGCCUCACAUUAUCCAUGUUAUCAUUGAUGUAUUUUAAACCUUAUUCAUUUCAGAAGUCGCCAGAGAGGUAUAUAUAAGUAUGUAUUUUGGUCAAAAUUAGUUGAUGAAAGAGUAUUGUAUAUCUUAUUUUGAAUGACUAUAUCUAGAAAAUAAAUGAUUGGGAGAUAGAAUUGGAGAAGCAUUGAUGCAAUUCCCAGUCUCCACUGUUCAA